GCUGGUCACAUGGUGCUGGUGGAAGCUGAGGGGAGAGAAGUUGAGUCUCGGCGAACACAGCGGCUCAGAACCGCGCGGCGGCCGGACCGAGCGGAGCGGAGGCGGCCGGGGGCGGUGAGCCGAGAGCCCAGAGCCGCGGCCCCCUCCCACUGCACACGGGGAGCCCGGCGCCGUGCCUGGACCAUGCCGAUCCUCCUCUUCCUCAUAGACACGUCCGCCUCCAUGAACCAGCGGGCGUACCUCGGCACCAGCUACCUGGACGUGGCCAAGGGCGCCGUGGAGAUCUUCAUGAAGCUGCGGGCCCGGGACCCGGCCAGCCGCGGCGACAGGUACAUGCUGGUUACGUUCGACGAGCCGCCCUACUGCAUCAAGGCUGGAUGGAAAGAAAAUCAUGCAACGUUCAUGAAUGAACUGAAAAACCUUCAGGCUGAAGGACUUACAACUCUUGGCCAGUCCCUAAGAACAGCUUUUGAUUUAUUAAAUCUCAAUAGAUUAGUGUCUGGAAUAGACAACUAUGGACAGGGAAGGAAUCCAUUUUUUCUUGAGCCAUCUAUUUUGAUUACCAUCACAGAUGGAAACAAGCUGACGAACACGGCUGGAGUUCAAGAGGAGCUUCAUCUUCCUUUGAAUUCUCCUUUGCCUGGAAGUGAACUAACCAAAGAACCAUUUCGUUGGGAUCAAAGACUGUUUGCUCUAGUGCUGCGUUUGCCAGGAGCUGCAUCUGUUGAACCAGAGCAGCUUGGGAGUGUGCCUACAGAUGAAUCUGCUAUCACACAGAUGUGCGAAGUUACAGGAGGUCGUUCUUACUGUGUUCGGACACAAAGAAUGUUGAAUCAGUGUUUAGAAUCUCUAGUUCAGAAAGUCCAAAGUGGGGUUGUUAUUAACUUUGAAAAGUCAGGACCGGAUCCAGCUCCUAUUGGAGAAGAUGGACUUGUUGAUUCAUCCAGGCCCAUCAAUUCAUUUGCUUCUCAACCGUGGCAUAGUUGUCAUAAACUCAUUUAUGUACGGCCUAACCCUAAAACUGGGGUUCCUAUAGGUCAUUGGCCUGUUCCUGAAUCUUUUUGGCCAGAUCAGAAUUCACCAACACUGCCUCCACGCACAGCUCACCCUGUUGUGAGGUUCUCCUGUGUUGAUUGUGAACCGAUGGUAAUAGACAAGCUUCCUUUUGACAAGUAUGAGCUUGAACCUUCGCCCUUAACGCAAUACAUCUUGGAACGAAAGUCUCCCCAUACCUGCUGGCAGGUAUUUGUGAGCGGCAGUGGGAAGUACAGUGAGCUUGGCCAUCCGUUUGGGUAUUUAAAAGCAAGCACUACUUUAACCUGUGUAAACCUCUUUGUGAUGCCUUACAACUAUCCUGUUUUGCUUCCAUUGUUAGAUGACUUGUUUAAGGUUCACAAACUUAAGCCAAAUCUGAAGUGGAGACAGGCUUUUGACAACUACUUAAAAACAAUGCCUCCUUACUACAUACUGCCAUUAAAGAAAGCCCUAAGGAUGAUGGGAGCUCCAAAUCUGAUAUCAGAUAAUUUAGAUUGUGGACUUAGUUACAGUGUUAUCUCUUACCUUAAAAAACUCAGCCAACAGACAAAAAUAGAGUCGGAACGGAUAAUAGGUUCAGUGGGUAAGAAAGUUCCACAAGAAAUUGGAAUAAAAGUGAAAAAUCAUUCCAGUGGCCUCUCCUUGGUACACAGUAGGGACUUUAAGCAACUGCUUCAAGGUAUCACUGGGGAAUCUCCAUUGAGACUGGCGGAAAUGAAUGUUAAAGAAUUUGCUGGCUUCCACAUAGGACUCUUAAACAAGGAUUUGAAGCCACAGGCAUUCAGGAAUGCAUACGAUAUUCCUCGUCGCAGUCUUCUAGAUCAGCUAACCAGGAUGAGAACCAAUCUUCUGAAAACACACAGGCACAUCGUGGGGCAGGAUGAAGACUGCCUUCACAGCGUUCCUGUUGCUCAAAUGGGAAAUUACCAGGAAUACUUGAAAAUGAUGCCUUCUCCCCUCCGAGAGCUUGAUCCUGAUCAACCUCGAAGGCUCCAUACAUUUGGCAAUCCAUUCAAACAGGAUAAGAAGGGAAUGAUGAUAGAUGAAGCAGAUGAAUUUGUUGCUGGGCCUCAGAAUAAAAUUAAGCGUCCUGGAGAGCCAAAUACUCCGGCAUCUCUAAAAAGAAGGCGUAGCAUGUCACCACUGUUGAGAAGGCCACAGUCACCACCAGUUGUAACAAAUCAUGUUGGUGGGAAAGGGCCGCCAUGUGCUUCUGGAUCCCCAGCACAUAUGAACCUCAAAGGUGUACCGACAAAUAAAGACUCCACUAACAAUAUUGUCCAAGAUGGUAAUGGAGAGAAGAAAGCAGAAAAUUGUCAGUUGCUGGAAAAACAGAUAGAUGGCAUAUCUGUACAAAUGGCUCCUUCUGUUCCAGCUGCUAUGGGAGAUGAUGAAAUGUUACCCAAUGACUUGGACUCUCUACCUGAUGAGUUCAGUUGUUUAAGUGAAGAUGGCUUGGAUCACAAACCGGGUACCAAUGCACUUGUUCAAGGGCCUCUAAAUUAUGGUGUGGCUGCAGACGACCAAAAACAAGUGAUGGAGUCAACAUCAGAAUCUGUGCCAAAUUCCUUUAAAAUAACACCUAUGAUGUUGGAGGGAAACAAUGCUGAUAUCAAAAUUAAAGUGAUGAAAGAGGUUCGCAAACCUGGAAGAAAUUAUGAAAAAAUCUUCUCUCUUCUUGAGGAGGUACAAGGACCUAUGGAAAUUCAGAAGUAUUUCAUUGAAUUUGCUAUCAAGGAAGCAGCAAGGUUUAAAAAACGUGUCUUAAUACAACACUUAGAGAGAAUACUAGAGGAACUAGAGUUCAACAGCCUACCCAACAGAGUUAAUCAUGUCAACAGUAGAUAAUAGUUUACCAGCCAGACGAAUACGGACCAGGAAUGAGUUUGCUGUGCCGCAGAAGAGUGGAAGAGAAUGCAGCUGUUGCCGUCGCCAUCUUGGCAGUCAACUGAUUUUACUGUCAGAGUCUGAGAAGAAGCAGUGGAGCUUUAACUUUACGAACCUCUAUCGGCAGAAGCUGGGCUAUAACCUUAAGGAUUUGCAAUGAAAGGUGUGGCUUUUUUCCUGUGGAGGGUGCUAUUUGCUCAACAGGCUGAAGAAAAUAACCAUUGCUGCCCCUCCUGCAGGUGAUGAGAAUUUACUCAUUUGAACACUGUCAUUAGACAUUUUACGUGCUGUAGGCAGCAGGUUGCACUAAAUGGGGCACUGUCAAAUGCACACACUGUCUGCAUCGUGGAGAGAUCCCAUGUGUUCCCCCCAAAAAAAAACCCUCCCAGAAACACCUGCACUGGUAAUAUUGCAUGUUGCCACCACAGAGACAAGGGUCUUGUUCCUGAGAACUACUAGCCAUGCCUUUAAACUUGAGAUUCAGUGUAGAUUGAGAGUAAAGAAACUGCUAUUGUGUUAAUGAAAGCUAAAGACAGCCCUGUGACUGUUACCACCUGAUGGUCACUAAACAAUCUACCUCAGACUCUCUUCUGUUUUGUCUGCAGACAUUAUGAAAGUGCACCUGAGGCUUCCCAGGUCCCCGACUUCAGUUCUCUUUCAUCCUGUGAGGAGGACGGAGAUUCUUCAGGUGGCCUUGGCACACGCUGUGCUUUGGAAGCACUAAAAGGAAACGCUUUUAAAAACGUGUAUUUUAAUGUUCAUACAAAAGAGAUUAUUUUGAACAGUAUUGUUACCAGAUCACUAAUUUGAUAUUUUAACUGUAUAAAUUUUUUUGGAACAUAAUGUAUAUAUAAAAUAAACCAUUUUAUUAAUUUUUAA